GUCGUAGCCCCCGCGGGCGCCCCGCCACUGGGUGUGGUUGCUGCUCCCGGCGCGGAAUGGAGGGGCCGGCGGUGGCAGUUUGCGAGUUGCUGCUGCAGGAAGCAUUUAUGGUGGUUUGGUCCUUAAGAAGUUCCUUAAAGAUAUGCAAUCCAUACUGCCUGGAUUCUUUGCAAACCUGAAUUGGACUUCAGAGGAGGCCAGCCAUUCUCAGGAUACAUCAGGGCUAAGACCCUUCCAGGUGAUUUUUGAGGCUGAUGUAAACCCCAGGACUUUGAUGACAGAUAGUCUGGUUAUCAAGAAUUUUUUACGCAAAAUCAUCUCUGUGCUCCCCCAGAUUAGAUUUAAUUUCAGUGUAAAGGUGAAUGGAAUCCUCUCCAUGGAGAUCUUUGGGGCAGAGAACGAACCUACUUUGAACCUGUCGAAUGGAAUUGCUCUUGUCGUAAACUGUCAGCAUUACCUGAGUACACCAAAAUUUGACGCAACUGAAUUGCCCUGCAGCAGAAUCCAUCCUGUGCUGGGACACCCAGUAAUGCUCUCCAUCCCUGACGAUGUGGUGGGAAUGGGCUUGUUGGGAGAGCUGACACUGACUCCAGCCGUGGCCCUGUGUCCUUGCCUGAAGGUCUUUUCCAACCAGCUGAAUAGGAUCUCUUCCGUUUCCAUAUUUCUGUAUGGACCUUCAGGUCUGCCUCUAAUGUUUCCAAAUUCAGAGCAGCCAACUACUGCUGUCUUCAAAGACACCUCUUAUUUCAUUGACGGGAAGAAGUGCCGCUUGUGUAUGGUGCCCAGUUUGGAUCUCAAUUUAGACAGAGGUUCGGUGCUUCCAGAUGUGAGUUAUCAGGUGGAAUCCGGUGAGGGAGAAGAACAGUCUCAGAAUAUGGAUCCUCAGGGACAAACUCUGCUGCUUUUUCUCUUUGUGGAUUUCCACAGAGGAUUUCCAGUCCAGAAAAUGGAACUCUGGGGAGUCCACACUUUGCUCUCAACUCAUCUCAGUGCCAUCCUCAGGGAGAGCCACAGCGUGGUGCAAGAUUGCAUCCAGGCCGCUGUGGACCGGGCCUUGGAGCAGCAUCACCAGGCUGUCAAGGCUCGUCAGAGACUACAGGCCUCACUGUCAGUGGCUGUGAGUUCCAUCAUGAGUAUUAUGACUGGAAGCACAAACAGCAGCUUCCGGAACGCCUGCCUCCAGAUGCUUCAGGCAGCUGACACACAGGAAUUUGGGACCAAACUGCAUAAAUCAUUUCAUGAGGUCACCCAGCACCGAUUUCUUUACCACUGCUCACAUGAGGUGAAGCAGCAGUUGCUUCCAGAGAAAAAUGAAGCAGAGCAGAACACCGAGGAGGCACAUGAGAACAGCAGCCUGGAGCUCCUUGCAGGGACCGGCGAGCAAACAGAAAACAAGAGGCUCAAGAGAGGCAGCCAAGGCGUGGAGGAGCGGCGGGCCUUCCGCUCUGCUGGGGCCCUGAGCCCGUCAGAGGCCGCCUCGCGCCGCGCGGAGCCCACCGCGGCACCGCUGACCUCUAGCAGAAGCAGGACGGGCCCCGGGAGCGGCCUGGAGGACACGCUAUGGCUGCAGGAAAUUUCCAAUCUGUCCGAGUGGCUGAGUUCUGGGCCUGGGCCCUGAACCUGGCCCCCUUCCCCGCCCUUCCACGCCCACCCAGCCGCCACCCGGGUCGCGGGUUCUCUGUUUUUCAAUAAACCUGCUACGCGCGCGCA